UACAUAUUAUGUUGAGUGACAGUAACUUAAAUGUUUGGAUUUCAUACGUGUCUCUAUUCUCAGGAUCACUUGAAUAUGGACCAACAAAUGUUGCUCAGAGUUGUCAUCAGUGAUGAUGAUAUUAGAAAGUUGAUGUUGAGUAAGAGACCAGAUUCUAUUGAAGACCUGAAAGAUCAGUUGAAGAAUCAACUGUCGCUGCAGUAUGACUUUAAACUACAGUAUGAAGAUGAAGACUUCAAUAAUGCCCUCUGCAAUUUAACUGAAAUAGGACACUUGCCUGAAAAAGCAACACUGAAAAUCCUCCUUCUCAUAACUCUUAAUCUAAGAAGUCUUUCAUCACCCAACACAUCAUCAGACACGGAGUGCAGCACAGCAGACACUGAGAUCCUGUCAGCUUGUGGGACAUCACAUUCACUAAGACAACAGUGGCCGGACUUCUUUAAUAUACCCAAUUUCUCAGUAGAUGUUGAGUACAGACUUAGACAGGGAGAUCUUGCCUUCAUGAAAGAUGGGACACGAAUGACUGUAUCAAGAGACAUGAAGCAUGACAUACUUGAAAAAAUUGCUGAGUCAAUGUACACUUUCAAGGCAUAUCCAGAUGAUGAUGACGACUUCACCAGCGUUGCAAAAGCACUGAUUAGCAAGCACCCCUGCCUUACAGAGCCCGGUCUACAGCCAGGAUGGUACGGCUGGAAGAACAGCCUGAAAUUUAAGAUGGCGAACUAUUGCACAAAGCUUCGGAAAGUUGGAUUUGAAGAUGUAACAGUAAAUGGAGGUAAACGAAGUAAAGCCAACCCAGUGGGAGAGUACUCAAGCAAGAAUGUGAAACGACCAAAAAGAGGUGAAGCAAAUUAUCUGCCCAACUUUCCUGAUGGACACGAUGAAAUAACCCUCGAAAAUGCAAGGAAGGUCAUGGCAGAUGAAAUAAAGAAGAAACUGCCAGAUGCCACUCUCAUCUCACAGUUGAUGGAUCUGACAUUUCCACUACGUAGGCAAGAGAUUGUAAAAGAGGCACCUGCUGUACAGAACAUGGCUGAACGGUGGCCAGGUCUUUUCAAAGAGAGACAGAUAUUUGCUGAGUUCUUUAGAAUUACCAGCAAGAACCUAGAGGGAGACUUCAUUGAGACUUUGGACCAGCUCACCCCACGUUUUAUUGAAAUAUUCGAGUCCAAAAAAGGAACUACUGGGCAGAAACUGACCGAGCUAUUGCAGGACAUCACUGGUUUUACUCAAGAUGUCACUGCACUGCAUUCUGUUGUCCUGAAAGGCAUUCCAAUCAUUCUUGGUGAUGACGCCACUAAAUGUUACAAGACGUGCUUUGUAACUAUGUGCACACAACAAUGCUUUUGUCUCCAUUUCAAAGAUCAUAUCCACUACUAACACAAACACUUUAGAAAUGCAGCUGUGUUUAUACCGUAUAUGUUUUACUGUUUAGCUUUUGAACAGUAAAAUAUUUUGGUUGCACGUUAACAGAUAGGUAUGAAAACAGCCUAUAUUUAAAUAAAAAGUAAGGAAUUACUUUGUAAUGUCAGAGAAACUAGAUUGCAGGGAAUGGCCAGUAGUCAUGUUUAUAAAUGUGUAGCUUUUGUUUAAUAUACUUGGUUGGAUUGUCAUUUAUGCUUAGAAAUAUAUACUCAUAUAUGCUUUGAGGUAUAUAAUCAAUUGCAUAAUGAUAGAGGUCUGAUCCUUAGCAGUCUGCAAAGACUGUGUGUGCCUCCCAGAGUGCUCUGGCAUGCACACACAUCCUAGGGUCAUGAGAAAGGUCAUACCUUCUCUUACUGAUUUAUACUAUGGGAGGACACCUACUCUGAAUCUGCUUAAGUAUAAGAGCCCUUUGUUUAGGUGGACCGCUGGGCUCCCAGCACCAGCUUUGAGGAGUCGUUCACAGGGUCACAUCUUGACACACACACACACACACACGCAUACCUACACAUACACAGACGGUACUCUUUGUUCACAUGUAUGCCUAUGUAAGUCGUCAUAUGUUAAUGAGACUAUAUAUAUUCAUGUAACUACAAUAAAGAGCAGUGCUACGGGGGAGCUGACUGAGAGUGACUGGGGUUCGAACGUCAGGAACAGCGCUCAUCACGGUUCUCUCCCUCGUGCAUGAGCAACACAAAGAGCUCUGGUGACUUGCGUCUUGUUUUUGCCAUUGUAGUAGAAUUAUCUUGGCGUUCCAGCAAUAGGUGUGUGCUACACAAACCUAUCAGCAUUCAUGCUUAUUUUUUAUACAUGUACAGUACUUUUUUGGAAGCAGUGUUUCAGUGCAUAUUAAGUAGCAAAGAUAAAAUGUUUUCUUAUCAAGAGCAAAUGUAGUAGGUAGCAAACAUCACUUGGUGCUGACAGCAUCUGUGUUUUAUUGCAGGAUACCUCCUGCUACCCCCCCCCAAAACCCAUCUCCAUAGAUACUCUG